UUGAACCAAAUUCCUCCACCUACCCGACCCGUUUAUCAUAAAACCCAGAAUCAAAACCUAAAAUCAAUUUUCACUUCUUGCAUAAUCGAUUCUUCUUAUUGAAUUUGCUUCUUCUUCUUGAAUUUGCUUCUUCUUUCACGAGUUCGAGUAUCACAAUGAGUAAUGUGUCAACAAAUUCCACCGAAUCAAGUUUCCGUGCAAGAGGAAGGGUUAUCGGUGUGCCAAAGAGAUGUUGGUGCGGGGAAGGAAUCAUGGCUUUGACAUCGAAGUCCGAUUCGAAUCCGUACCGGAGAUAUUAUCGGUGUGGGUUUGCAGUAGCCAAUAAGCUUAGAAACGAUGAACACACAUUUAAAUGGGUUGAUGAAGCUUUUGUCAAUGAGAUAGAUACAUUAGAUGCAAAGACUGUUGAACUUGAGAAGCAGCUGAAAGAUAUCAGAACAGAGAGAUUUGAGUUGGAAAAGAUGGUUUAUGAGAAGAUGGAGAAGGAGAUAUUUGAGAAGGUUGAAGAUGCUUUGGAUGAAGCCAAAUCAAGCAAUAAGAGAAUGAUGCUUAUCAUAGUAUUCUUAUGUAUGAUCAUGAUUGGUCUCAGUAAGCUACUAGGUUGA